UUUCAGAUAUCGUCCCAUUUGGGCCCACAUUUCCAAACCCCCUCUCGCCUCUCUUGCUCCCAAAUCCAAUGGAGUGGGAGCAGCGUUUGACUCUGAUCCUGGUCAACCUCGCCGGAAUCAUGGAGAAGGCCGACGAAUCUCUGCUUCCGGCGGUCUACAACGAGGUCGGCGCCGCCCUGCACACAACGCCGACCGGCCUCGGAUCGCUGACCCUCUUCAGAUCCAUGGUCCAGUCCGCUUGCUACCCUCUCGCCGCCUUCGUCGCCUCGCGGUACAACCGUUGCCACGUCAUCGCCGUCGGAGCUUUCCUUUGGUCGGCGGCAACCUUCCUCGUUGCGCUCUCCGACUCUUUCUUUCAGGUAGCAAUAUCAAGAGCCUUCAAUGGGGUUGGGCUAGCCUUAGUGACACCUGCAAUCCAGUCCCUCGUUGCAGAUUCCACUGAUGACAGUAACCGUGGUAGUGCAUUUGGAUGGCUUCAGCUAACCUCUAACAUCGGGUCUAUCAUUGGUGGCUUUUUUUCUCUCCUACUAGCGUCAACUUCCGUCAUGGGGAUUGAGGGUUGGAGAGUUGCUUUCCAUUUGGUCGGCAUAAUAAGUAUUAUAGUAGGAAUUUUGGUUCUAUAUUAUGCAGUAGAUCCACAUUUUUCCAACAGUGAUGGCAGAAGUGACACGAAGAGUUCACCCAAGUCUUUAACAACUGAAAUGACGGCGUUGGUUAAAGAAGCCAAGGCGGUGAUGAAAAUUCCAUCUUUCCAGAUUAUUGUUGCUCAGGGUGUUAGUGGAUCAUUUCCAUGGUCAGCUCUAUCUUUUGCACCUAUGUGGCUGGAGCUCAUUGGAUUCUCGCAUAAAGGAACUGGAUUCCUUAUGGGCAUGUUUGUAGUUGCCAAUUCACUUGGAGGACUGUUUGGAGGAAAGAUGGGGGAUUAUCUAUCGAAACGUUUUCCAAACUCUGGUAGGAUUAUUUUAUCACAGAUAAGCUCUGGUUCUGCCAUUCCUCUCGGAGCUGUGCUACUGCUAGCGUUGCCUGAUGACCCCUCUACAGGUGUUGCUCAUGGUCUGGUCCUGUUCAUCAUGGGAUUGAGCAUCUCAUGGAAUGCUGCUGCCACGAACAAUCCUAUAUUUGCAGAGAUUGUCCCUGAGCGAUCAAGGACGAGUAUUUAUGCUCUUGAUAGAUCAUUCGAAUCUGUACUUUCAUCAUUUGCUCCUCCCAUUGUUGGAGUUUUAUCUGAGCAUGUUUAUGGCUACAAACCAAUUGCUUCAGGUUCAAGUAAGGGUGCACGCAUUGAGACAGACCGAGAGAAUGCUGCUUCUCUUGCCAAGGCUCUAUACUCUGCAAUAGCAAUUCCAAUGGCCAGCUGUUGCUUAAUCUACUCCCUCCUUUAUUUCACAUACCCUCGAGAUAGAGAGAGGGCAAGGAUGGAGUCUUUAAUCGAGUCUGAGAUGCAGAACAUAGACCUUGAAAGUCCUCAAGAUGCAGAAGAUAUGCCUCAAGACUACCUGUUUGAAUCUCGAAAAGGGAGGGAUGUCAAUAAUGUUUAUGGGCAAGGCGACUUUGAGAUUGAGGACAAUGAUGAGAAAAUAUUACUUCAAUAUCAAGUGGCUUCAGAUGAAAGGGAUCAAUAGUAGUGAAUUCCUCUGCUGAGGUCUAUGAAAGACUUCCUUGACUACGAACUCAUGGUCUUCAAAGGAGUAGAUGCAAUAGGGGAUUUGCUCAUGGAAGGAUAAGUCUACUAAUGGAGAGAGCAUCACUUAAAUAUUGCAUGAAUGAAAUUGACAGAUGUCAUGUUAAAAUUGAAUACAGAGCAAGGGAGAAAACAAUAGAUGUUCGGACUGUUUAUUGAUAACACGUUCCUUAAAGGCUCUUCAAAUUUUUUGUAUUUCCAUACAAAAUAUUUACUGACUCUUUGGCAUUUUGGACUUUCUUUUUUCCUCUUCUUCAUACACUAUAUCUACUGGUUGUUUUGUAUUUUAUAGAUUUUUUUUCUCUGUUCUUUUUCUGGUCCACAUAUAAAGCUGUAAAAGUUUCCCCUGUAUGUAUGAAAUUUGUUAUGUAAAGGAUUAAAUAAGUUGGUCACACAGCUGAUACAAUGAUUGGAAAUAUUCUCAACGUA